UUAAUCUUAUUCCCCCUCUUUUAUUUCUCUAAACAAACACCCCCCAAAAUUACUUCUCACUCAAUACCAUCAUCAAAUCACCUCCCCAAAAUUUCAUUAAAGAUCUUUUCAGAUUAUUUGACAUUUCCUCAAACGAAGGUGGAAGAGAGAAAAAUUGUGUUGUGAAGAAAGAGAGCAGAAACAAUGAUCGGAGUAGGGAAGAUCAAGCAAUACUCAAAUGUUCUCGACAAACCCUUAAGCAAAGGAAAACAAGAGGUUAGCUUAAGUGCUUUCGCCUUCUUGUUUUCGGAGCUUGUACAGUAUAAUCAGACUCAGGUUGAUAAUAUUGCCGAGCUCGAACGAAGGCUAGAAGAUGCAGGCUAUUCUGUGGGAGCACGAGUUCUUGAACUUCUUUGCCAUAGGGAUAAGGGUAACAGAAGGGAGACACGCUUGCUUGGUAUUCUAUCUUUUGUACACAGCACUGUUUGGAAGGUGCUGUUUGGAAAGGUUGCUGAUUCACUCGAAAAGGGCACUGAACAUGAAGAUGAAUAUAUGAUCAGUGAGAAAGAGCUCCUUGUGAACAGGUUUAUAUCAAUACCUAAAGAUAUGGGAACUUUCAACUGUGGUGCAUUUGUUGCUGGAAUAGUGAGGGGUGUCUUGGAUAGUGCAGGUUUUCCAGCUGUUGUAACUGCUCAUUUUGUUCCAGUGGAGGGGCAGUUGCGGCCAAGGACGACCAUAUUGAUUAAGUUUGCUGAAGAGGUGCUUAGAAGGGAAGCUAGAUUAGGUUGAUCUCUGUUGACAUUACAGGUUGAGGGGCAGUUGAAAUAUCCUGUCCAGUUGAUCCAUCUUCUCUGAAAGUCGCAAGCUUAGUUGGCUUCGUAGUGUUUCAAGGAGGUUUAAAUUCUUUCCAUUGCAGUCCUGAUGUUUAAACAGAAGCAUAUUUUGUUAUUUUUUUUAACUACAUCAAGUGCAAUUUGUUUUUCAUGGAAGACCUCAUAUAGUCAUAUGUAGGCAGUUUAUGGAUUGUCACUUGUCAGAGUAGCUGCUAUUUUGAGAAGCUAUUUAAGGUACGAUACAUUUGGCAAAACUUGUCUGUAAUUUACAACGUAGCAGAAAUUUGAUUAUUAUGUCAAACAGAAUAUAUUAUUAUAUUUUGACAACAGGGCUAUAUGGAGGGAGGCUUUGUUGCUCGUCUUUAUUUUGCAGUA